AUGCUCGAAACUCAGACGUCUGAAGUCUCGUCCGACCAAUGGGAUCAGCGGAUUGGAUUCUUGGAUGAUAUAUUUCGUUCUCUACAUUGCAUGAAUUCUUGGCAUGCACAACACAAAAAGAUAAAUUUAGCUGACAGGAAGAAAUAUCGCAUUGGUCUACGUCUACUCCCUUCCUUCUACUCCAGGGACCAUAGGCUCAGCCUACUGAGCCCUUUCUAUUCCACGUUAAGACAGUAUAGAGUCAGGAACACUGCCAUUUCCCCUCAAGUCCUCUCUGUCUCUCUACAUACCCAGCUCCUAAUCCAAUUAUUAUUAUUAUCCCACAUCAUUACAUAUCUUGUAUCAUUCCUUGAUAUUCUAUAUCCUAUAUCAAUCAUUCCUUCAUGCGAUUUAAGCGCUGUCUUGCCUACGAACAACGCCACAGACAUGAAUCCAUGCUGCAAGGUCGCGACCAUAAGCGCUGGUCUUUUUUUUGCAUUCAUUUUCGCCAUGAUGAUACCGGCGAAUGUUGCGAAGUUUGCGAAGGAGAUUUUUCGUAGCGGUCUUCGUCAGGGAAAAAUCAGCGACAAAGUAUCUCGCCGCGCUGCCUACGACGACACUCUUUUGAAAAUGAACUACGCCGGACUCUUUGCAGCACCCAGUUUUUCCGGGAUUCCCUGCUACAUGGAGCCCUAUAUGCUGGCAGUAGGGAUGGAUUGGCCGUCGCGCCAAAAUGUGUUCGAAAGCCCCGAUAUACCGAUGAUUGCGUGGACGGAUUGCCUGCUACAAGUAACUCCAUUUGCCGCGGUUGGGCUUUGCGCCAGACUGCUUCAAUGUGUUCCUUCCGAAUGCAUUUUCACCGAUUUGCUUGCGCCUGACUUGAUGACAGAUCCAUGUGUGCAACUUUCCAAUUGGACCAGUUGUGAUUGCUUUAUCGCUGGUCUGCCCUCCUUUGCCUGGCAAGGAAUUCCAGAUAAGUUGAAUGCCGAUGAAGAAAUUGCAGUCAUUUUGCGAGUUUAUAGCCAGAACGGCAUUCAUUGGCUCACUGCUGGGCUAGACUACAAUGGCUGGAUGGUCGAUCUAGCAGGUGCAGGGAUUCCCGGCGCGGUGCAUAACCCUGCUUACAUCUACAACACACCCACAACAGUGUUUGCUAAGACAUGGUGUGUAACAACCUAUACCAUAAAAGAAUGCUGGUCUGUCUACAUCGGAGAAGACUUGGAGACGCCCGCCCAUAUUUUGGCACCGGUGCAUUCAAUCCUUAUUGCGCUUGCUUUCUUGGGGGCUGAUCUCUUGACUUUCAUGGGCCUCUUUGCUGUCACUGCGAGUACUACGAAGUCACCUGAGAUCUCCACUUGCGACGUAAAGCCGGCUAUCGAACGCGGGAAAUCCGAGGCGUUCUCCCGCAGGGGGAUAUGGUCGGCCGUCGGAGUCGGCGUGGCCUUGGCGCGACGCGCGGAGAAGAUCGCGGAUCUGCUCGACGUCGUGCAGGCCAUGCGGCUCCGCGACAUCCUCACGGGGAACACGAAGCACGUCAUCGACGAGGCCGCGCUGCCGCCGUCGCCGGCCGCCCUCUACUACUUCCUCGACGACCAGGACUCGCAGCGCGGCUCGAAGUGGAACCCGAAGGGCGUCGGCCGGCCGCGCUUCAACGCGUUCAACCGGCAGGUCACCGAGCUCCUCCGCGACCCCUUCGUCGUCGCGAACAUGCUCGCGGCGCUGAAGAUGGUGUCGGACCGCGGGCCCGUCGUCGAGUCGGCGCCCGACAGCGGCGACCCGGCGCGCGCGCCGCGCGGCCGGCCGCCGAAGCGGCGGCUCGAGACGGAGGACCCGGCCAUGAAGCUCAUGCAGGAGCAGGUGGAGCGGGCGGAGGCCAAGAACGCGGCCCUCGAGAAGGAGAAGGCGGCCCUCGCGGAGGAGCUGCGGGAUGCCGAGGCGACGGCGGCGGCCAAGGCCGACGGGAUUUCGUCGGUCACGCUCGACGCGGCGUUGAAGGCCAUCCGCGACGCGCUGGACCGCGCCAAGCUCCAGUCCGAGCAGGCGUCGCGCAACAUCGACUUAAUCGUCGGCGUCGACAGCAGCGACCUCUCGAUGGCCGAGCUGGGCGUGCUGAGCAAGGUCGGCGACCUAGUGCACCUGAGCGCGGAGGUAUUGGACGCGGCCGUCGCGUCCGCGCCGGGCCUGGCGCAGCAGCUCGACGAGCUCGUGGCGACGCCCCGGGCGAAGCCGGAGCUCGCGCUGAUCAAGCGCCGGCGCGUGUUUCUCAAGCUCCUCGAGGUCGCGAAGGUCAGGAGGACCAAGGGCGGCGUCGAGAACGUGCUACCGCGGCACGCGGCCGUCACGGCCAUGGCGACCGGGGCGACGGCCGCGAGCGUCGAGACGCGGCGCGGGUGCAUGGGCGACACCAUCUCCUUCGCGGAGACGUGGCGCUUCUUGACGGUGGCGGGGCGCCUCGCCAAGGUCGCGUACCCGGGCCUCUUUCCGGGCCGGCGAGUCGCCUUCGCCGACGACAACGCGCAGUGGACGCGCCUCUGGGCGCAGCAGCGCCUGGAGCACUUCAAUUCGUUCGAGACCAACCCGCUGCUCCAGUCGUGGUUCGCGAUCGUGUGGCCGCUCCAGACGCUGCCGCUGGAGAAGACGCUCCGCGAGCUCGGCGUGCGCUCGAAGCCCUUCGUCGAGGUCCGCGCGGCCGACUUCGACAUCGACGCCCACUCCCAGUCCUGGCUCGCCAAGGAGCUCGCGGUGCUGAGCGUCGACGGCGGCUACGGCCGCGACCUCCUGAAGCGCACGCUCUACAAGCUCGUCUGGCGCCACGACCCGGGCGCGUUCCCGCCGGCGGUCUUCAAGAAGCCGCGGUGGACCGACGCCUACAAGUACCGGCCGGAGGGCCCGCUCCAGCUCGAGGAGGACUGGAAGAAGGACGACGUCAAGUCCCUCGAGGUCCAGCUCAAGAACACGCAGAAGGUGCCCGAGGUCGCCGAGGCGCGCCUCCAGGUGCUCGACUGGUUCGGCAUCGGCUGCGGCGACCCGGGCAAGGACUGGGUGAUCUGCGUCGGCGACUACGUCCUCUACAGGAACGGCACGAACGCGGCAGGCAUGACGGUCGCCGAUUUAUCGCGGCUCCAGGACAAGCGCGUCGUGCGGACGACGGCGCAGCUCGUCGCGCUCGAGGCCGCGGAGACGGCGGCGGCGACGCCGCUGGCCGGGCCGACGGGCGACGCCGCGGCGGCGUCGACGACGGUCUCGGCGCAGCCUGCGGCGGCGACGCGGUCGACGGCGGUCCCGGCGACGUCGACGGCCGCGACCGUCGCGGCGACGUCGACGGCCGUCAUCGCCAAUUGCCAAGGCCAACGAGAGCAGACUUGCAUAAAGUGGGCACGUGUACGUAGUAGCAUUUUGGGCACUUAUGGCGAUGCCAGCCUAAGCAUGCUUCCAGAAGAAGUCCUCGUUCCUUUUGGAGUGAUAGGGGGCGUUGCUGUGGUAAACGACGCAGUCGAAUACACGCAAUAG